ACAACUCACAGCACUAGUUGUACAAUAUACUAUUGUUACUUGAGUUCGUAAAGAGAAAACGUGUUGAUUGAAAAUCACGGAACGAUUAACCAUCGCUCUGAAAUGCUACAGACACACACGAUAUUAUGGUAGUGAUUUCAUAGAAAAAAAUGACAUGCAAUAAAAAAAAGGGACCAGUGACACAAACUUGUCCCAACCUCCCGAUUCUAGUAACCUGGCCGUAAUCAGGGCGGUUCCCAUUCGCUCCCAAUAAUUGUAGUUUUCCCUACUGCAGCGCCAACUCUUUACUAGUUCCCUAUAUCUAAUUUUCCGGCAAAACUGUACCGACCCUUUAGUGGGAGAAUAAGGUUAUGUACACGUGCUUAAGUUUUUUAAAAUUUGAAGUAUAAAUAUAAAUUGUCAUUUUGGUAAUUAGUUUGAAUUGAAUUGAAUAAAAAAAAAAAAUGCCGAAAGUUAAAAUAGAAAAGAAGAGUCAGAUUCAUAAAAAAGUUGCUAGACAAGGUAUUUUAUUUAAUACGAAUCUUGGUCAGCAUAUUAUGAAAAACCCAGAGAUAAUCCAGAGUAUGGUAGACAAGGCAGCCGUGAGACCAACGGAUGUUGUAAUUGAAAUAGGACCUGGUACUGGUAACAUGACAAUGAAAUUACUUGAAAGAUGUAAGAAAGUAAUUGCUUAUGAAGUCGAUCCACGUAUGGUUGCUGAAUUACAGAAGCGUGUUCAGGGUACGGCUUUAAAAUCAAAAUUAGAAAUUCGAAUUGGUGAUGUACUGAAAGCUGGCAGACUACCUUUUUUUGAUAUGUGCAUUGCUAAUGUACCUUAUCAAAUAUCAUCACCAUUAAUAUGGAAAUUAUUACUUCACAGACCAAUAUUUAGAUGCGCAGUACUGAUGUUCCAAAAAGAGUUCGCUGAUAAACUAGUAGCCAAACCUGGUGACGAUUUAUACUCCCGUCUUAGUAUCAAUACUCAGUUAUUGGCACGCGUCGAUUCAUUGGGAGACGUUGGCAGAAAUAAUUUCCGCCCAGCUCCUGAUGUUGACUCGGCUAUCGUCAGAAUCGAACCACGCAACCCACCUCCAGCAGUUAAUUUUAAAGAAUGGGACGGCUUAACGAGAAUAGCAUUUGGUAGGAAAAAUAAAACACUACUGGCAUCAUUCAUCCAAACUUCGGUGAUAACUUUGCUCACGGAAAAUUAUAAUACUCAUUGUAGUAUUAACGAUAAGAAAAUACCUGAAAACUUUGACAUGGAGGAGCUGAUUAAAACAGUGUUGAAUCCAAGGAUGGGCAAAAAACGAGCAAAACAAUUGGACAUCGAUGACUUUAUUGAACUUUUAUAUGCAUUUAAUAAAGUAGGAAUUCAUUUUGCGUGAUUGUAUUUCGUACAAUAAAUUAUUUUGAUAAUAAUAAUAAUAAUAAUAUUGUUGUAAGUAAUUAUUUUUAUAAAUAAUGAUUGAUUUUUAUUAUAUAUAUUACGAAUGGCUGAUUUGUAAAUAUUAUUAAAUUAAAAAUUUUAAAAAACGC